AUGGCCAUCCUCAUCCUCUGGCAACAAUUGGCUGAGAACUAUGCCUUCUGGUUGGCUCUUACAGUUCUGGCUGUCGUCCCAACAUACGUCUUGUACAACUUUGUGCCCAAUACCUUCAAAGACCCGCGGCGACGACACCUGCCUCCUGGGCCCAAGGGCCUCCCUCUGGUCGGUAACUUGUUUGAUCUGGCCGACUCGGAGCUUGUGAGAGGCAAAGCUCGCAAGUGGCACCAACAAUACGGAGACAUCUUCUACACCAAGAUUGGUGGUACCGACUAUAUCUGGCUGUCCUCUCCCAAGGUCGUCCGGGACCUGAUGGACAAGAAGUCCGGCAUUUACUCAUCCCGCUCCCCGGCGCCAUUUGCACAGGAUGUGGCGAGCGGUGGGAGGCGCCAGUUAUUCAUGCAAUAUGGGCCGGAAUGGAGACAACUACGCAAAGCAAGCCAUUCUCUGCUCAACUCGACCACGGCCACCAAAUACCAACCCAUCCAAGACUUUGAAUCCAAGCAACUCAUGAUCGACCUGAUUGAAUCUCCGGAGAGGUUCUAUGAGCACAAUCGGCGGUACUCAUCAUCGGUGAUCAUGCUGGUGACCUACGGCUACCGGUUACCGACAUGGCAGCAUCCGUUGGUGAAGAAGAUUUACGACAUCCUGGACAACCUCACGGAAAUGACUGCGCCCGGUGCUCACGCCGUGGACAGCUUUCCGUCCCUGGCAGCAUGGCCACAGUUUCUCCUUGGAAACUGGCGCACCUCGGCCGAACGAGUGUUUGAACAUGACAGCAAGGUCUACUUGGAACUGUGGGACGAACUCAAGACCAAGGUGGACAAGGGCGUGGCGGCCGAAUGCUUUGUGAAGGACUUUUAUCUCAACAAUCCGCAAAAGUUUGGCAUCGACGACCUUCUCGCAGCAUACACCUGCGGUGGGCUGGUCGAAGCGGGCUCUGAAACGACGGCGACCACGCUGAACAAUUUUGUGCUCGCGAUGCUGCUGUACCCCGAGGCGGCGGCGAAAGCCCAGGCAGAGAUUGACCACGUUGUGGGUAGUGACCGUCUGCCAACAUGGGAGGAUGAGAAAGAUCUAGCCUACGUGAGGGCUCUGGUCAAGGAGGUCUUGCGCUGGAGACCGGUGAACAAGUUUGGCAUGCCGCACUGCACGUCGGAAGACGACUGGUAUGAAGGCUAUUUCAUCCCGAAGGGGUCAGUCGUCAUCUUGAACUGGUGGGCCAUCCACUUUGAUCCCAAACUGUAUUCGCACGCCGACGAAUUCGACCCCAGCCGCUACCUCAACAAACCGCUCCCGGCGGCGGAUUACAUCAAUGCCAACGAUCCCUACGAACGCGACCAUUUCACCUACGGGGCUGGAAGGCGGGUUUGUCCUGGAGUGCAUGUGGCCGAACGGUCGCUUUACAUCAACAUUGUGCGCACUCUCUGGGGGUUCAACAUCAGCAAAGCGGUUGGCACGGAUGGUGGGAUCAUCGAGCCAGAGACCGAAAUGGUCCGGGGGUUCUUAAGCGUGCCCAAGCCAUUCACGGCCGACAUCACGAUUCGAUCGGCCAAGCACGCAGCAGUGAUGCGGAAAGCUUUUGACCAGUCGCAGGAGGAGGGGAUUGUGUUUCGGUGA